CGUGCCUUUGGCUUUCGGCGUCAUUUCCACGCUACGAGUUGAAGAAAUGGAGAGACGUCAUUUGGCUCGGCUUCCAAUGCCCUGGCGUAAUGGAGAGUCUCGGGGACUAGAGAGGGUAACUAUUCCAAAUCAUUCAUUCCUGAAGUAGUUCGCAGUGUGACCAUCCGCAAUUUUUGACGAAUACCUACAACGCUCACAAGGCGAAUACUAGCGAGGGGACAUCGACGCCGCAGCAGCCAAUCGCGGGGUCGUUGCCGCUCUAGGUUGCACUGCGGCGGAGGAUCGCGCAAAUGCCAGCAGCAAGCCGCCAUGGUCCUGGCCCUGAUGUCCCCAAUCCCGAAAACCCGCCAUUGUAUUAAUAUCACGGCCCCGGCCCCCUUGCUCUACUUUGGUUUCCGUCUAGUCAUUACACAUCUUUAUCCUGAUGCGUCUUCACAUUGUAUAUCAAAUGAACUCAAAAGCCGCGGUCCGCAAAUUUUUCUCCUCGUCCCGCUUCGCCGUCGUCGGCGCCAGCUCAGACCCCGACAAGUAUGGAAACAAAGUUCUCUGUUGGUAUCUCCAACAAUCACUACCUGUAACUCCCAUCAACACGAAAUCCAAGACGAUCGAAGCUCUGGAAAAGUUCCACGAUGCCGUCCCGAGCCUUUCCAGCCUCCCAGCAAGCGAAUUCACCGACACUUCCGUGUCCAUAAUCACGCACCCUGACGUCACCAUCGAGAUCCUAAAGGAGGCGUGCAAGCUUCGGAUUCCCGCAGUCUGGCUGCAGCCGGGAUCCUUCGACGAAAGGUCCCUCAGGUAUAUCCGCGAGGAGGCCAACUUCGGGGCCGUGCUUGCGGGCAAAGGGGGCACAGGCCAUGGAGGCUGGUGCAUCCUGAUGGAUAGCGAGGACGGCCUCAAGGCCGCCGGGAAGCUGUGAGAGGUAAUGUCUCUUCAAUGGGCGCAUCUUUUGUCAUAGACGAAUUUUGGAUAUUCAGGAAUAUUAUCUACACAUCUUCUCAUAUACACGUCUUCAUAUAUACAUAUACAUCCACCUCUACUUCUUCAGUCCCUUAACCACCUUG